UUUCAAUUUAUUGCUCGUGUGCGGUCUUCAGGUUCCAAUGCAACUUUUGCUCUCGGAGACACUACUAUAGCCACACUCGCUCAGCAACUCCCUCACCGCGGACAACACCCGGCCUACUCAGCCUUUGGAGGAGCCCAAGGCAAGGGCUUUUACUCCCGUCCAGGCAUGAGUGAGCAAGAUGUAGCGCUGUCCGAAGCCACAGAGGGCCAACCACUCGUGGGUUCACUAUGGACUCGAUCACUAAUUGCCGGAGCCGUCGCCGGCCUAACAGUCGACUUCUCCCUCUACCCCCUCGACACGAUCAAAACACGACUCCAAUCAAACCUAUUACACAAUAACCAUGGCAGCAGUUCAACUUCUCCCACCUCCAGUAUCCUCCCCCGGCACACCGUCCGCGGCACCCUACGCAGCAUGUACGCCGGCCUCCCAUCCGCCAUGCUCGGAUCCAUGCCCUCGGCCGCGUUCUUCUUUCUCGUCUACGACGGAGUGAAACGAUCAUUAACUCCCACCAAUUCAACAACCCCUACCUACGCACACAUGCUCGCCUCCUCACUCGGCGAAAUCGCCGCCUGUGCAAUCCGCGUCCCGACGGAAGUCGUCAAACAACGUGCUCAGGCCGGUCUGUUCGGCGGUUCAUCAUCGCUCGCCUUUCAAGAUAUAUUGUCCCUACGACAUACUGAGGGCUACACCACAAUGGUGCGCGAACUCUAUCGAGGCGGUGGAAUCACAAUCAUGCGUGAGAUUCCAUUUACGAUUGUCCAGUUUAGUUUGUGGGAGUAUUUCAAGGAGGAGUGGUCGGCGAAACAGACCAGAGAUAAAACCCGAGAGGAAGGGCAUGUGACGGCCGCGGAGAGUGCUGUGUUUGGGAGUGUUGCGGGUGCGGUUGCGGCGGGGUUGACUACGCCUCUGGAUGUUUUGAAGACGAGGAUCAUGCUGGCUAGGAGGGAAACAACCAAGCCUGUGACCUCAGGAGGCACCGCAACUGCUGAUACCACCAUUGGUACUGGUCCUGUCAGAGCAAGAGCAGGCCCCGUCAAAGUCCUACAAGAUAUUCUGAAACAAGAAGGCCCAAAGGGCUUGUUUCGUGGUAUCGUGCCCCGGAUCGGCUGGAUUAGUACGGGCGGCGCCAUCUUUCUGGGGACGUACCAAUAUGUUUGGAACAUGCUUGCUUCGGAGCAACAACCAAAAAGUCUUGCUGGGGGUGGUGGUGAUGUAUAACCCGCAGAUUGGGGAACUCUCAGCAAACCAACCACUGUAUACUUGAAUAUCAUGGUCGAAUGAUCGGAAUAGACAGAACCUAAUGUACUCGUAUAUUGUUUGAUUUUUAUUCGCUAGGUACAACUACAUAUUCCAAGGCCUUGACAAUCAAUCCAUCCCCAGAUCAGAUACCAAGUCGCAUCAAAAUAUACAGGAAUACAGAGUAG